GCGGCAAAAAGUGACCACAACAACAAAGCACACAGUUUGGAGGGACACCCAAAAUCUUCCCAAAUAAUAAAACAAGCAGAAGAGAAGUCAAGAUGAGAUUUCUAGUGCCACUGUUUGUUUUCCUGGCCGUGGCUGCGUUUCACACCGCGCUCUCAGCUUCUCUGGAAUCUGCAGAGAAAGAGGAAAAAAUUGCUCAACAUGAUGGGCUAACUGAGCUGCAGAAAGUAGAUCAGAUGGAGUUUGAAGCAGCUCAGAAGAACAAUGCAGCUCAGAUGAACAUUACGGAGGAACAGAAUGAAGACUCUCGCUACCUCGAGGCUGCUCAGGAUGACUCUGUGGAGGAGCAUGUUGAGGCCGAGGACGACAACACAGCAGAGGGAGGUGGGAACUCUGACGCUGCAGCUCAUGUGGAAUCAGAGUCUGAGUCCUCUGAGGAAACUGAAGGGAGACAGAGGCGGGUCAACCCACGGGCCGGAUUGGACCCUCUGGAGGGCCGGCUUUGGCCCCGGGGCCACAUGUUUGACACCCCUGAUGUGGAGGUAAAACAUAAUGUGAAAUGUUUUGUCUUCUUAGAGCAUCAUGAAGCAGUGACAGAGACAGCGAGCAGUGUGGAUGAAGUCGGUCAGGAUUCAACCAAGGAACAAGAUGUACUGGAGUGAGAGAGCAGAGCAGCAUGUGGAUCCCAGCGCUCAUUCAUCACCCGGUGCCUGAGCAGCACCGAGCUUACCGUCAAUAAAAAGGGAACAAUCCCACUUAUCUGUACAA